AUGGCUCCAUCUGCGGACUCAGCAAAUGUCGUUCCCGACGGGCAAGCUAGCAUCGCUGGUUCCUCAAGUCACGGUUCCUCCUCAAUUGUUCUUCCCAGCCGUUCCGGAAACGGGUCUUUGAAUGGCACCAGCCCGUUGAAAUCUACAGGCAAUACCAACGCCCCAAGGAUAGACAUCCCUAAGUUCGAACUUCCUCCCGAGACCCCCGGAAAAUGCGUGGCCGAAAGAAGGUGGACGCCCUCGCUCUUCGAUCUGUCCGGAAAGACAGCCCUAGUGACAGGCGCCAACGGAGGCAUCGGCGGCGGCAUGGCCAGAGGACUCGCUGAAGCUGGUGCAGAUAUCAUCAUAUUCCAGAUCCCGGGCGACCAAUCCACGUUUGGAGAAAAGCUUGCCCAGGAAACAAACUGCAAAGUCUCAAUAUAUGAUUGUGACAUGGGGAAUAGUGCCAUGAUUCGGGAGACGGUGCGGAAGGUUACCGAUGACGGACAUGGGAUCGAUAUUCUCUGUAAUGUUGCGGGAAUCAGCAGCGGGUCCAUCCCGAUUCUGUACGAGACAGAUGAGCAUAAGGAUGCGAUUAUCCAAAUCAACUUCAACUCCGUUUGGGUGUUAUCUCAGGUUGUCGCCAAGCAUAUGGUUGAGCGAGGUCGAGGUGGCAAGAUCAUCAACAUCUGCUCAUUGGCGGCGCACAAAGCGAUGACGACGUUCUCGGUGUAUGGGCCCAUGAAGGCCGCAGUAGGGCAGUUAACUAAUGCAUUCGCAAAUGAGUUUGGCCCUUAUAAUGUUCAGGUCAACGCCAUCUACCCCGGUUGGAUCGAUACGGCUCUGGCGCAACGGUUCAUCAACGACGAGGAAGCGAAUAAAAAGAUAUUAAGCAGCAUCCCAUCAAGGAGAUGGGGCAAGCCUGAUGACUUUAAGGGUAUUACGGUGUUUUUGGCUAGCAGUGCCAGCGAUUAUGUGAAUGGAGCUCGUAUUUUCUUGGAUGGUGGAGCUCAUAGUAUGUAG